AUGGCUACCGCAGCACCAUCACCGCUGGCCAGUUCUGUGGAGAAGACAAAUGGAGCCAAGCUCAGCAGGCUUCUCAUCGACGGUGGAACAACAGUUCUUAGAAAGAUUUUUGAUGGUCAUCAUCCUCCUGCAAACUUGGCUGCUGAUCUCAAUACCAGCAAAACUAUUCUUAGCAACUUAUUGAAGAAAAAAAUUUUGCAUAAACCUCAGUGGGAAAAACUGUUUCCACCUGGUGGAGUUGCACCAGACUCUAACACUUUUGACAUCACUCUUCUGUUUCUGCUUCUGACCAACAUUUGUGGAUUAACCCCUCCCCCUUCAGGAUGGCACUCUAAACCACCCGCAAGUGACACCUCUCAUGAGGCUAACCUUGCACGGGUUAAGUUCUAUCGCAAUGUCUUGUAUGGUCAUGUGACAACUACUGGUGUUGAUAUACCAACUUUCUCUGCCCUGUGGACUGAAAUUAGUGGUGUUCUAGUGAGUCUUGGCCUUGAUCAGGCAGACGUAGACAGGUUGAAGGCAGAGAAAGGUGGAGAGGAAGAUUAUAUUGACCUGUUGAUUGAGUGUUCUGACAGUGAAGAGAAUAUCAAGUUAGAGUUGAAGAAUAUACACCAGAAGCAAGCUGAGACGCAAAAGACACUACAGGAAUUGUUUCAGGCCCACGAAAAUACUCAACAGGCAGUAGAAGGCGUCAGGUACACAGUCGAGAGCUUGGUAGAAGAAAGAGAAAAAGACAUUGCGGAUGGAGUUCUUCAGAAGCUUGCCAAAUGUGAAUUCAGAGGGGACAUUGAGUAUUACUUGCAAAGAUUUCAAGAAGGUACCCGUGAGUGGGUCUUUGACAGAGUUCAGAACUGGCUGGAUAACAGAAGCUCCCAAAACCGUGUGAUGGUGAUCAGUGGAAAUGCAGGGAUGGGAAAAUCCGUUAUUGCAGCGGUAGUUUGCAAGAGAAUGCAAGAGGCUAGUAGGCUAUUAGGAAGUCAUUUUUGUCAGUAUAAUAAUGUACGCUACUCGAAGCCUCAGUUGAUGAUUCAGUCUCUCGCGUGUCACUUGUCCCAUGCCCUGCCAGGAUACAAGCAAGCUCUUGAGAAACAGCUAACAAGAAACCUGGGCACAGAGCUCAAGAACAUGGGAGUUGAGGAGUUGUUUGCACUGCUUUUUAAGGAACCACUUGAUGCCGUCGUUGAUCCAGGAAUAAACAUGCUUAUGGUAAUUGAUGGCCUGGAUGAAAGCGAAUAUCAAGGACGAAAUGAGCUUCUUGAUGUUAUUGCAAUUCAGUUUUGUAAGCUUCCUAAUUGGAUACGUUUUAUUGUCACUACCCGUCCUGCUUCAACCAUUGUAGAGAAAUUAAGACAGUUAAAACCACUGCAAUUACAGUCAGAUGAUGAAAAGAAUUUAGAAGACAUCAGAGUGUUUUUUCAAAUGGGGCUGCAGCACGUGAUCGAACCAGACAUUUUUGACGAGUUUCUCGAUAAACUUUUGUUGCAAUCUGAGGGACUCAUGUUGUACGCCCAUUUCCUUAUUUUGUCCAUUAGUAGAAAUGUAUCAGUUCUCAUCGAAAAUGACUUAAAGAGCAGUUUGCCGACAGACAUUUCUUCGGUGUAUCAUUUGUAUUUCAAACGUCUUGAAACUGAACUCAAGAAGAACCUUGAGAUAAAGGAAGAACACUUCCUAAAUUUGCUUUCUGCCAUUACUGCUUCAAGGGAACCCCUACCAGUUGGUUUUGUUCCUAGAGUACUAGUACCAGUACUAGAACCAGGUACUAACUCGAGACGUUUAAAGCGUAUAGUACAAAGAGCGUUAGACAGUGUGUCCGCACUUCUUCCCGUCCGUGACGAUUGUCUUCAUGUCAUUCACAAGUCAGUUAGAGACUGGUUAACGGACAUUUCUUGUUAUGGGAAGCAUGAAUUCAUCAUGGAUGAAAUAGAAGGACACCGUAUACUAGCAGACCUCUGUGCUGAGGAACUGGAUGAUCUAAAAGAGAAAGGUGUAAACAGUGUACAAUUAAGCGCUACUAAGAUGUACUCGCUGAAUCAUGGUGCUCGUCACAUAUUUCAUGUAGGAGUCAAGAGAGAGGCUCUUGAGCUGGAAAGACUGACGAAUUCGUAUAUUGUAGAUUUAGAAAUCGUGUAUGCCAAGACCUGUGUAAAUAGCACUGUGAUGGUUGAGGAUCUUCUUUGGCUUCGAAAGCAGGGGACUUCUAAAUUAUCACUGGAUUGCCAAAGUACUUUGGACAUCUUGUUGUUUCUAUUACGAAAGCACCACCGUUUGCUCACCCAUUACCCUCAAACGUUUCUGCAAACCAUGCUAAACGAAGGAGGAAAGGUUUUGUCUGUCCAGGCAUUGAAUCUUUUGCGGCACAAAUAUCCAGAAAUACCAUACAUGGAAGAUGUUCACAAGAACACGCAGCUAGGAGGUAUUCUAGCCCGAUUUAUAUGCUCUUUUUAUGUGGUCUGUUUGGACGUCUCUCGACAGUUGGACUAUAUGGUGUGUGAAUGUACAAACGGUAUGCUCCAGCUGUGGUCACUUCUUACAGGCAGGCUAGAGUGGACACGUCCAGUCGUAAUAGAGAAGAGUUACAACAUGGACAGUUUGCUCCCGUCACGGGGGCUCUCUUGCUCUUUGUACCGCUCUGUUGUUUUCCAUCCUACUAAAACACUUGUUUUACCUGGGAUUCUAGGUCAGGCUUACACUAUGGAAGGCGACUUGAAACCACUUUUUCCGGGAAGUAACUGUAGGUUCUCAGUUUGCUCUAUUUCCGGAGACAAGACAAAGAUUCUAACUAAUUGUCUUGAGAGUUCUAAAUGCCUUGUCUUGUGGAGUUUGGAAAAUGGCUCUGAGAUUGAUCGAAUCCCAAGAGACGAAGAAAUUCUAUCUUUUGCUUUGUCUCGAGACGAAAGGCUGCUCGCAAUUUCCCAUUCUUCAGGUUUAAUCUGUCUGGUUGAUGCAAAGCACGGAUUUAGAGAACUAGCACAAACAGCUACCCCAGGAGUAUGCGGAAUGCUAAAAUUUUCACCUGAUCAACGAUUUCUUUUUUGUUGUUAUGACAAAGAGCUAGAGGUACGUUUGUCUCGUCUCACUGUUUGUAGGGAGACCCACGACACCUUUUCUUUAAAGGGUUCUUUUAAUGACGUGAAUUUCGAUAUUGAGAGUUUCGAAUCUUUCAAUGAUCGUGGCUUUUUGUUUGGAGAUCUAAUUGACGCAGACCUUCCUCAUGCCAGGAUGAUGUUUGUUCUUGAUGAACAACGUCUGUUACGUUGCAGUAACAAACAAAUAGAAAUGAUGGAUAUCAAAGAUGUAAACAAAAGCAGUCAAGGCAAAGCUGCUAAAGCUACUGAGGUUGCACUCAGUUUUGAUGGUCAGACCGUGUAUGUUGCAAGUGACACAUCAAUUACUGCUUUGGAAGUGUCAACUGGGAAGCAUAAAUCUUCUAUUGAGCUUGGGGUUAUGCGGCGAUGUCUUUUGUGUCCCGUGGGAAGAGGUGUCUUAAUUUCAAUGAGAGAAGGCAUUGUUGAGUUGUGGGAUCAUGAUCUCUAUGCAUGUAUCAAAAAGUGGACUAACCUGCAUGGAGUCAAACAGUUGAUCCUUUUAUCUAAAGAACAAGUAGCAGUCGUAACACAGUUUGAAGUAAAAUUCCUGGGUGCGAGCAGUGGAGAAAUCAUGUCAACAAUCCCAGUUUUGCACGGAAAAGUUCUGGCGUGCAACAGGAAACGGCAGCUGGUGACCAUCAGUAAUUCGUUUGACACACUUCAACUGCUAGAUGGCUCAAAAGUUGUUUGGAAAAAAGAAAAGGAUGACAGAGUCAUGAAGUCCAAUCCUGUGCGUGCGGUGUUCUCCCCUAUGGAACAUUUGCUUGUCGUGUCGACAGUAGACCUGUUGGUCCUGAAUGCCAAAACAGGAAAUACACUUCGUACUUUCCCUCCAUUUUCUCUUUUUAAUCAUUGCAAUUUCAUCAGUGAAAAGGAAUGUAUUAUU